UGGACCUAGUUCUACAGAUGAUAAUGUGAACAUGUGCCUGUCACAUGCUCAGGUCAUGUGACCCUCUGCAUCCAUCCAACAUGGCGGCCACGUCUGUUUUCCAGAGAGCGAGAACAGGCUCUAAAAUAGGAGUUCAGUACGACCAGGAAGGCAACCUCAUUCAGGUGGAGACCAGAGAGGACGAAGAGCAGAAUAUCAAGUUGUCUGAGAUCCUUGAGCUCCUGUUGGCAGCUGGAUACUUCAGGGCCCGUAUUAAGGGCCUUUCCCCGUUUGACAAGGUGGUUGGAGGGAUGACCUGGUGUAUCACAACAUGUAACUUUGAUAUCGACGUAGAUCUACUGUUCCAGGAGAACUCCACCAUUGGCCAGAAAAUUGCUCUCACAGAGAACAUAGUUUCUGUUCUGCCCAAGAUGAAGUGUCCACACCGACUGGAGCCCCAUCAAAUCCAGGGCUUGGAUUUCAUCCACAUUUUCCCAGUGAUUCAGUGGUUAGUGAAGAGAGCUAUAGAGACCAGGGAGGAGAUGGGGGACUCCAUCCGAGCCUAUUCCAUAGCUCAGUUCCACAAGACCCACAGCUACCCAGAGGAUGAAGACUUUCUCCAGAAGAAGGACAGAGCAGUGAAAGCUGUCCUGGACAUAUCAGAAGUGUACAAACCAAGGAGGAAGUACAAGAGACAAGUGGAGGCUGGAGAGCUGCUGGAUGAGGAGUCGCGCGUUCACUCCACCCUACUGGAAUACGGCCGAAUAUCAGAGAACCUGCUACGAUAUGGCUUCAGCAAGCAUUCCAAACAAGACAAAGCUGAAGACCGGAAGGCCUCAUUGGCUGCCGGUACACAGGCCACGCCCCCUGGGAUGACCGAGACAUCAGAGGAGGAGGAACAGGAGGCAGCAGAGGAGCUUCGCAUCAAAACUUUGAUGACCAACAUGGCUGCCAUGGCGACCGGGGAGGGGACGUUGACUGCGAGUGCUGUGGGUCAGAUCGUAGGACUGCAGUCAGAGGAAAUCAAACAGAUCGCUUCCGAAUACGCAGAGAAGCAGUCAGGGCUGUCGUCGGAGGAGCGCUCAGAGCGCUUCGGCCCGCUGCAGCAGCACCGCAGGCUGCUGGCCUCCCUCAACAAACAGAUCCAGCAGAAGACCAAGCAGCUGGAGGAGCUUCAAGCUAAACAUGACGAGCUGCAGGAAGGCGGGGAAGAGGCCAAGACCAAACUGGCAGAGGCCACAGAGCACACAGAGCGUCUGGACAGCGAGCUGCAGGCGCUGCAGCAGCUGGAGGGUCAGGCGGACAGCAGCCUGCUGGACCAGCUCAGGGCCCUGGUGUCGAUGAACGAGCGCCUGAAGAACCAGGAACACGAGUUCCGCACACACUGCAGAGAGGAAAUGUCUCGCCUGCAGCAGAACAUUGAGGACCUGAAGCUGGCGUCAGGAGAGGACACGGAAGAGAAGAUGGAGAGGAACCAGCUGAUUGAUAAACAGUAUAACUCAGACCGCGAGAAGCUGCAGAAGAUCAGACUACUGAUGGCCCGGAGGAACCGGGAGAUCGCCAUCCUGCAGAGGAAGAUGGAUGAGGUGCCGAGCCGGGCGGAGCUGACGCAGUACCAGAAGAGGUUCAUAGAGCUGUACAGCCAAGUCUCUGCAACUCAUAAAGAGACAAAGCAGUUCUUCACGCUGUACAACACGCUGGACGACAAGAAGGUGUACCUGGAGAAGGAGGUGAAUCUGCUGAACUCGAUUCAUGACAACUUCCAGCAGGCCAUGUCCUCCUCCAGCGCUAAGGAGCAGUUCCUCAGACAGAUGGAGCAGAUAGUGGAGGGAAUCAAGCAGAACCGCAUCAAGAUGGAGAAGAAGAAGCAGGAGAACAAGAUGCGGCGCGACCAGCUGAACGAUGACCACCUGGAGCUACUGGACAAACAAAGACUCUACUUCAAGACCGUCAAGGACUUCAAGGAGGAGUGUCGCAAGAACGAGAUGCUGUUGUCCAAGCUAAGAGCUACAGGAACCUCCUAGAGGCCUUGAUCCUGGUCCAGGAGCCUCGUAGAAGUCCCUGGUACGCCAACCCCGCGUUACAUUCCACAGGAUGUUCAGUCAAUGUUCUACAUGUAAUUCAAUUAUUGCAAAGAAACCCAAACAAAGCGGUUUGAAGAAAAGCCAACAAGAUUGAACAUUCACUCAAAUGCUGUUCACACACGCCAUGAGCCAAUACAGAAAACAUGGAGUUAGAGUGGAGUUUAUGUAUGAUUAAAACUCAUGAGUGUUAUGAUUAUAAAAGCAAAAUGUCAAUAAAAAACAUCAGCUUCUGUUGGCAGUAAACAAAA